AUGAUGGGAGGUUCGAGAUUAAAGCGGACAGCCUUGCUGUGUAACAACGACCUCAUCACAGGCCUGGCUGUCACGUGUGAUGGAUCCCACGAGCAUCUACCCUGGGACGUGCAUGAGGGAGUUCUCGCAACAAAGCUUGAGACCGCGUACCCGCACCAGUUUUGUAAGCACUUCGUUUCCCUGCUGUUGCAGCAUCUGACACAGAAGGGUUGUCGGGAUGGCCUUAAUCUCUUGGAGGGAGAUCCCGCAAACUCCUCAGGAGCCAGGGUGGUAACGACACAGGCGAAGACCAAAAAGGCUGCAUCUUUUCAGGUCAUCCCCGAAUUCUGCCGACGAACCAGAUGGACAGUGCCCGGCCAACUCCGCAGCACUCUCCAAACUACACAGUGGUUGGGACCGGACAAGAUCCCGGGCUUCAAGGCGCCAGGAGCCCCGGCGUUGAGAGUGACGCCCCUACUGUCUUCUGCGACGGACGUUCUGGUGGAGGUCCCGUGGAACCCACAGGAAUUUGUGGCGAAAGCGCGACUGGCCGGCCACCCCCCACACCUGUGCGUCGGGGUGCCACCCGCCCUCAGGAAGGCAAUUUUGGCGUGCUCUAAACAGCCCGCAGCCAAGGUGAUUGAGACUCGAGCCGCGCAGUCACGAAGAUGGCUCCAGCGAGCCCAGGAGCUGCAGCUAGCCGAAAACGACUUCAAAGCCAAGCUGCCCGAGCACAUCCGCGGCAGCCUCCGCAACAAGAGAAUACUGCUCUUCAAGGAGAUGCUAGAAGCGUCCCACUACGCCGACAAGGCAGUGGCAGACGACCUGGCACAGGGUUUCGAUCUUGUAGGGCAUUUGGACCUCCCGGCAGGCUGGUCCACCGACUUUCGUCCAGCAUUCCUUUCCCUGAAGGACCUGUCCCAAUUGACGCAGGAGACCAACCACCAAGUCAUCAAGGAAGUUGAGGACUCAUCUCAGUUUCUGGAAGAACUGUGGCAGAAAAGUCUCGAUGAAGUAUCGAAAGGCUGGUCGGAAGGACCGUUCCGAGAACAGGACCUGCCACAAGGAGCUGUAAUCAGCAAACGUUUUGCAAUCCAGCAAGGGAGCAAGGUGAGGCCGAUCGACGACCUGUCCCAGAGCCACAUCAACGAGGCAUUUGGGAGUAUGGGGAAGAUCGAGUUGCAUGAUGUCGAGACAAUUGCAGCCUCAGCCAUCUUGUUCCUGAGGCACGCAGGACAAGGACUGCUUGGGAAAACCAUUGACCUGAAAUCAGCCUCUAGGCAGCUGCCACUGUCCGAAGAGGCACUCAACAUGGCCUAUGUGGCUGUCAAGGACCCCAGCUCGGGGGAGGUUCGCUUCUUCAGGCUUCUUUGCCUUCCAUUUGGAGCCGUGGCGGCGGUCCACGCGUUCAUCAGGGUCAGCUUGGCUAUUUGUCAUAUAGGAAACACGUUUUGGCACUUGCCUUGGAGCUCCACACGACAGCUGGCCCCUAGCGCAGAGGCCAGUGCAUGUUUUCUGCUAGACUUGCUCGGCUUUGAGUUUGACAGAGACGGAGACAAGGCUCCGCCGUUCCAAGAGGGGAAGGCUGCGCUUUGUGGCGGGCCAACUGGGCGCUUGCCGAAGGGCUUCAUGAGAAGAAUCUCUGACAUCAUCAAUGCCCCCGCAUAUGUCAGGACGGUGACCUCAGAGACGGUGUAUGCUUUUACGGACGCCUCGCAAGAAGGAAAGUCCAAAGUCAUCAACGAGCUCGAGAGACUCGAGAGCAUAGCUGUUCUCCUGCUCUUCAUUCUAGCCCGAGAAUUUCUCCGGGGAAAACACGUGAUGUGCUACUUAGACAAUGAAGCGGCGCGCAUAACGCUCCUCAAGCUGACCAGCGAUUCAGAGGCCUUGACCCUCUUGAGCAAUGCUUGCGCAUUGUUGGAACAGGAGCUCGAGAUGAUUCCGUUCUACGCUCGGGUACCGAGCAAAUCCAACAUGGCGGAUGCCCCAUCCCGCCUUGACUUUACAGGGUUGCCACACAAUUGCAGGUUCCAAGAUCAGGUGCUUCUCGCGGAGAUGGCCAAGCUGGUGAACUCGCUCGUCGGGCGCUGUGCCUGA